AUGUGCCCGGCAAGACAGAAGAAGCAAGCUGAAAAGUCGAAGAAGGAGGUCGAGAGCUCGGAGGAUACUACCGAGACCACGGAUUCUUCCGAUUAUUCUGAAGAGGACACCGAUGGAAUUAGCGAUUCCGGGACUGACACAGACGAGACAUCUGAUGGGGACUCUGGCUACUCCAGUACAGACGACGAAGUGUCUGGGUCGGAUGAUUCCGAGGACCUGGACGAAGACAGCGACGUUGACGAUGAGUCCGAUUAG